GCUCAAAGCGCGAUCCCCUGCUGUGAAAAAAAAGUAACUUCUUUUUUCGAUUAGAUCCCCACGAAAAGAACUAGAAUUGUUUUUCAUGGAAAAUUUUUCACGACUUUUUUCACAGCGACACAACCAGCAACUUCAUUGAUUCCGAAGAUUUUCUGAUGGAGUAAAAGAGUACUUACUAGCCUUCGGUCGUAGAAGACAAGAAGGCGAAAAGUUCUGCUCCGUACCCCGGACAUCAUGUAAUGUUUACCGCCGACGUACAGAUUUUUUCUGAUUAACUACCACAACUGCUUGACCCUUUGUGCUGCGUCAUCCCCCAAAAGCGACCUCCCCUCGCCCCGAUCCGCAGAAUUCCUCAGCCCACCAUGAGUAUGAACGACGAGAGGACGAUUGACGUCAACUUCAAGCUCUGUGAGCACACCGACGCGGGGAGCGAUGGCUCCGGCCCCUGGCCCGGUUCACUGCAGUUUUACCUGCAGAGGGCCUAUCACCAAACUGAAACGCAGCAGCUGGACGACAUAAACAGCGGGACGUUGACAAGUACUUACUGAUUUCUGUUGUGCUCCUUGUGAUUUCAAUUUGGGAUGAUUCAAACUUGACAGGCCAUGAUUUAUGUUUGUCUGUUUGGUAUCUACUGUCGUAUACGUCGUGAUACGAAACGAAAGGGAGUAAGUGCUGUACUAUCACUGUGUGGGGCUUCGCAAUACCAAUAAAACGAGCCGCAAAAAUCCACCACACCUCAGACCUCGACAGCGACGAAGCCAAGCGGUGUCUGGAGUCCGUCUUGCUGGAGAUAGAUCUCCACGACGAGAAGCCCUGGCGCGCCGACCGCCUCGCGGAUUUUUUCAAUUACGACCUGAACGAACGGUCGUUUCGGGAAUACGUUCGGUCGCAGAUCCGCAUGCGCUUUGAGAACCGACAGCGGACCACCUUGGGGUCGGUCGCGGGACCCAGCGGGUACCUCGGCCAAGGCAAAGCCGGGAAAGGCGGCGGCUACGGAGGGUACGGAGGCGGGUACGGCGCCGGGAAAGGCUACGGGAAGAAGGGGUACGAUUCCGGGCCCUACGGCGGGGGGUACGAUAAAGGAGGAGGCUACCACGGAGGAGACGACCAGUGGUAUUAGACUACCCCACUAGUAUUGGGGAUUUGUUUUGAUUUGCAGUUGUACUGGUAGGUACUAACUCAGUCUUAGAUAUCGUUCUGGAUCAUGUUGUUCACACAGCAGGUACUUACGUAGUACCACACACGACGAUUAGCUUCUACAAAGAUCUUCACACUUACCACCACAUUAAAACAGGGGCGGCGGCAAGGGUAUGGGUGGUGUCGCCCCAUUGGGCAUGAACGGCGUCCCGGAUGGCGGGAAGGACGGCGGGAAGGACGACCGGAGGCCCGGGUCGAACGAGUGCGAGUCCAUCUACGUGAUUGGUUUCCCGCCGCAGUGGAGCAAGGACGACCUGCGUGCCUACUUCCAGCAGUUCGGCAUGGUAACGAAUUCGCACGUAAUACCACCGCAGGGCGAAAACCAGAGGCCAGCGGGGAUUGUGAACUUCGUCACCGUGCAAAUGGCGCGGGAGUCCAUCGCGCAGUGCAACGGCCGCGCGCUGCCCGGCGCAGAGGGCGCUAUGGAAGUGAAAUUCAAGAUGCCGGGAAGAAGGGAGUUGAACAAGGGGCACCACGGGAAAAAGGGCGGGCAGAACUACGGCUACGGCGGAGGCGACAAGGGCGGAGGUCCAUACGGGCAAUAUCAACCUCCAAUGGGAUCGCCAAACCAAAUGCCGCUCGGUGGAGCUCCACCGGGAGGAGCGAUGCAGUGAGUGGAAGAAUGAAAGAUGAGAUGGUGGCUGGCGAAGAAGUAGCAAAGUAGUCCAUGCCCUUUGUGUUGAAGCGACUCUGGUUGUUGAUGUUCUUGAAGGUGAACUGCCUGAUAGGGAAACUGUACCAACUACGCGACAAGAAGUGUUGAUAUUUGAAAAUGUUGAAAGCGACACAAUUUCUCAGUUUGGAAUUAUA